AUGGAAAAAAAAUAUGAUAAUAAUAUAACUAAUACUAUGCUCGCAUUGCUUACGGCUAAAUCGGAAGAUGAAAUUAAUCAAUUGUUUGAUAAAAUUCAAGAAAUAGAACAUUUGGCAGCUGCUCAUGCUUUGAGUAAUCGAUGUGGGAAAAAUUUAAAAUUAAUGGGUGCUAUUUUACAUGAAAAUGAUCGUAAAGAAAGUUCAAGCAUUAAUAAACUUGAAUAUCAAGAACGACUUUUAGCACUAAAAGAACGUGAGCUAGCUUUAAGAGAACGUGAAGCAAAGGUUCAUUCAAUUGAGUUAGCGAAUCUGGAAAAAGUGCAAAAAUUAAAGUCUGCAAGUUAA